UAAGGCAGAGAAGGCGGUAAGGAGAGGUUCAGAAUUUGUAUUUAACGUCUUUUAGGAUUGUUUUCAACUUUUUAAACUACUUUUACAAUAGAAAAUAGCCUUUUUAGUCAUUUUAGUCUUUGCUGAAGUUGGAUUUAAAAAGCGGGACCUCAGUUUGUUUGAGACGGAAAUACGUUUAAAACCAACUCACAGAGGAUUUCAACCGACAACAGGAUGAAUGUUUUACCUUAAACGGACUGAAAACUAACAGAAAUGUUGGAUAAAAGAACCGAAGAGCUUCCUCUGGAGAAGGAAGUCCGAGGGAAAAACGUGAAGGAACCAUUCUGCAGCCAGUAUCGCUGUGGUCCUCUGCUCGGGAGCGGAGGUUUCGGUUCAGUGUUUUCAGGACAGAGGCUCUCUGAUGGACUGCAGGUUGCCAUUAAACAGGUUUCCAGUGACAGAGUUCAGCAGUGGGCCAGACUGCCUGGUGAGGUCAGCCCUGUUCCCAUGGAGAUCGCUCUGCUGCAGCGGCUGUCGGAGGUCGGGGGUCACACCGGUGUCGUCCGGAUGCUGGACUGGUUCGAGGUGGAGGGGCAGAGUUUCCUGCUGGUGCUGGAGCGACCGCCACACUGUCAGGAUCUGUUCGACUUCAUCACAGAGAGAGGAGCGCUCCCUGAACGCCUCGCACUCAGGAUCUUCCGUCAGAUCGUGGAGGCGCUGCGUUUCCUUCACACUCACGGCGUCGUGCACCGAGACAUCAAGGACGAGAACAUCGUGGUCGACACGCGGACACUCGACAUCAAGAUCAUCGACUUCGGAUCAGGAGCUCCGCUCAAAGAGACGCCAUACAGCGAGUUUGAAGGGACUCGGGUCUACAGUCCUCCUGAGUGGAUUGUGUCACAGUCCUACGAGGCGGUGUCUCUGACCGUCUGGUCCCUGGGUGUGCUGCUCUUCGACAUGGUGUGCGGCGACAUCCCGUUCGAGCGCGACCAGGAGAUCGUCGGGGCCACGCCCAUUUUCACCAGGCGCGUGUCUAAAGAAUGCCAGUCUCUGAUUCGCUGGUGCCUGUCGUACCGCCCCGAGGAGCGCCCGAGUCUGGAGGAGAUCCUGUCUCACGCCUGGAUGGAGGGAGGAGAAGGGGAGGAGGAAGGAGGAGACCUGCAGGAGGACCACAGCUCUCUGCCAAACCAGUCCCUGUAGCAGACAGGCAGGACCACCAGUCCCGAGUCCACAGCUCUGUGGACGGAUAAAGACAAUAAAUGUAACCUGAGCGAACCAACCUCUGGUCUGUGGACAGGCUGCAGGACUCAUAAAAGCUCACACUGGAUCUUAAAGGAGCGGCGUCCUCCUCUGUUAACGAGCUGAAACAGGAAGCUGUGACAGUUCACUGAGAAUAAUAUUUAUUUGAACGUCUCAGCUGAUCUGUUUUUUAUUUUUUAUUUAUCUCUUUUGGUGAAUUCAGCAGGUUUGGGCACCAUGUUUGAUUUGACAGAAUGACUUCCUGUUUGGUUAUUUUUUCACUUAGUAUUUAUUUGGUUAGGAAGAUAUGGACCUUUUUAUUAUUAUUAUUUUAUUCUGUUUCUUUUUUUAUUAGUUCCAUCUGCAUCAGAGAACACUGAAUUAACUCUUUAUUUUUACGGCUCCAUUAAUUUUCUCUUAUCAUUUUCCAACUAAAUGUUCUAGAUAUGAUAACCUGAGAAAUGAAACGUGCCGUGUUUUUUUUUUUUCAUGGGUUUCAUUUUUAUUCAGGGUUCGCACUUUGAAAAGUGUGAAAAGAAUUAUUAUUCAUUUUUCCAUCAGAUGUUUAUGCACACUGCUUUCAGUCUAAUUACCUGAUAAUAUCUUAAAAUCUGAAACAUAAUAAGCAGGGAAUAUUCACCUGAACACAAUCUUGUUUGUUGUUCUAGUUUACCGUCCAGUAAAAGAGAAGCAGCAGCUGCAGAUGUUUUUUUUAUUUAAAAAUAUUAGAAAACAGGAAGUGAGUUUGAGCCUGACUCCUAAUUUAACGUUGAAACAAAUAUUUAUUUUUGUAAAAUCUGACUUAGUUUCAGAUGGAAACCAGUGAGUGUGACGUCACUGUAAAUACUUGUGUAUUAUGGGCUGGUUCUAUGAUCAAAGUGGCUCAUUGGUCACUUGUUUCUGUUUAUUUACAUUAAAUAAGAGAUUUAUGGAUCGAGAGAAUAAAGGAUCCAACGUUUGAAUAAAACAGUUUUUGUCACUUCA